AUGUCAAGUCCAAGAAGUUUAAAGUGCAAGCACAGUUUUUGUUUCGAGUGUAUUCAAACUGCUUUAAAUGUGUGCAACAGGUGCCCGGUCUGUCAACAGCCUCAAGGUGUUAUCACAGGAAACCAGCCUCGUGGACAGAUGACUUUCUAUACUGAUCGUAACGGCGUUCCAGGCUACGAAGGUAAAACUCUUUAAAGCCCGAAUUUAAACAAUAAAUUUGCAUAGCUGCUAGCCAGGUGAGUGAAAACGAGAGCAAUUUUACUCACUAGCAAAGUAGCGUCUUUGCAAAUUUCUUGGAACAAAGGAAAGUUUUUUAUAAACUCCCAACAUAGUGGCCUUUUUAUUGUUUUGCAACACCAAUAUGGCCGCUUUGACAGUUCCAUGUUCGGAUGUUCUAAAAUGACAAGUUAAAAUAAACGGAAAACUGAUUCAGAAUAGGAAAUUGGAAUAAGAUUUUGCACGCCCCCAGUGACUAGCUAUUACUUCGGCCGUCAAAGCAACUGGGCCCAGGAGACAAGCUGCUGAUAGAUAGGCUGCCGCCUGUGACGUGAUGUUUAAACACACUAUUAAAUGUAACAUUUGCAGGCUACGGGAAAAUAGUCAUCAGUUAUCAGUUUCCGUCCGGAGUACAAGGCCCGGAACAUCCAAACCCUGGUCAGCAUUAUCAAGGCACAUCACGCACUGCUUAUCUCCCAGACAAUCAUGAAGGACGAGAGGUGCUGCAGUUUUUGAGGAGAGCGUUUGAUGCUCGACUGGUGUUUACAGUGGGUACAUCAAAUACAACAGGGCUUUCAAAUCAAGUGAUAUGGAAUGAUAUUCAUCACAAGACUAGCAUAUCUGGGGGUCAGUAUGGGUAAGGAAUUAAUAGGUUCGCCUACUGCCAUUCAAGGUACCCUUUAGUAAUUUCGUAUCAAAAGACUUACAAUUACCCAUAUCUUGUUUUUUUCGACUACUGUGUUCAACGUUAAGUGACUCUAGACUGGUGAACAUAUUCAGUUCUCAGAAAAGAAAUCGAGCUUAUUAUAAAAUCGCCCAGUCACUAGGACAAGUUAUCAACUAAUUAAAUGAUGCUCGCUUAAAACUGGGAUGAAGAAGGAUCUGGAUUUGAUUCACAGUUCAAUAAUAGAGCUGUAAUUUGUCCAUUCAUCUAUUCUUGCUUCUUACUGUCUCUUUGUCUAACUAUUGUGUUCGAUUAACACUGAGAGGAACUAAGCCCCUUCAGUUCAACACCGAUGGACUGAAGCAACCGUUUUAAGUCUCAGAUUCAUAAAUGCGAUUUUGUAUUUUCAAGGUUUGGAUAUCCCGAUUCAGGCUACCUACGGAGAGUCAAAGAAGAGUUGGCUGCAAAAGGAAUUCGAUGAACGCGUUAUCUUCAGU